AUGGUGGGCCCACUCGUGCCUCCCAUACUGGAUGCAGCUGAGCUGAUCGGGAAUUCGAGCGCUGAUUUUCCUGUCAUUGAGGCGGAGCCCGAGGAAGAGCUCAAUCUGCCCCUCGAUACCGCCGAGCAGCAGCGCAUACUGCUGCAACAGGACCAGGACCAGCCCCAAGCCGGGCCUCCCCUCACCCUGCCAGCCCGCCCCGGCCUGCAACGAGGCAAUUCAGUUCCUACGCCCGCGCCGAACCUGCCCCCGCCCGCACCGCCUGUACCGCCGCCCGACACGCCACAGAACGAUUCGCUUUCGCUCGCACAACUGCAGAACCUCGUGAGGGGCAUACCCAAGGUCGAGCCCGCCCCAUACGCUUUCACAUACGAUGACGCAUCAUGUUUCGAGGAGGAGCUGGAGGAGUGGUUCUCGUAUGCCGUCGAGGAGCAGGCAAUGCUGCUCAAGACCCAGGCGUCCUACGCAUUGGAGUGGAGCGCAUUUCAUGGCCUAAACGACGUGUCCAAUGGCGAGGACGGCUUGGACUGGGCCUCAGCGACGACGACACAACACGGGGACUUCGUGCGUCAUCUAUUGGGGGGACUCAAGGAAGUCGACCCUGUGUUGAGGUUGAAGAAGCUGGAGGCAUUGGUCUAUGUCCUCCUGGGAUGCUGGCAUGAGACUGCAGGGCUCCCUGACUCAGCCGCGGGCGAGGCAGCAGAGUCGAGCACGACCGCAGCGCGCAACUCUGCAUACAUCAAGUCUGGCCGGCAGGCCUCGCUCAUCAAGCGCAAUGUGCACCUACUCGCCGAGAGUAAUGGCGUACAGACCAUCGUGGACGCACUCAGCUCGUCGCUCCUGCGAGCAUGCGGCGCAGAUGUCACACCUGAUGCUCAACGCGAUUCGAAAGAGGCAGAACGACGCGAAAUAUGGUGUACCAUGACUGCAGUCUAUAUCUUGCUGGAAGUCGCACGCGAUGAGGAAAAGACGCAGGAUAGCCGCACCCUCAGAAGCGCCAUUCUCGACUUAGAGAAGCCAGGUCUCCUUAUGCUAUUCGUGGAUCUUAUCGCGAAACUGCGGUGGGACGAGUCGAUCAAUCUACCGCUUAGCAAGAUCUCACUGCUACUCUGGAAGGCCAUGUUGGUGACUUUCGGCGGUCUUGCAGAAGUUGCCAAGGUCAAAGAGACCUUCCGGGACACCAGCCUUGAGUCGGAGGAUUCCAAGGGUCAGCCACUCAUCACCGCGUCCCCUCUUGAUUAUCACCUCUUCAGACAAGAGAUAAGCUCCAAGUAUCCUGCGUACAAUCCACCGCUUCCCGUAUUUCCUCUUGAGCCAGAGAACAACUCCAUCUUGCCACCACUGAAGAACCACCCUAACAAGGUCGCUGGCAACCAUGUAUUCGGCUCUGGGCUAGGCGACACAAACGGUAACAGCACAUCCAUCCUGCAUCAACCGGUUCAUAUCGCAACUCCGGCACCCUCGCCUCCUCCUUCACCUGCAGGCCCCGGUGGCAAAGGUGGAAAGAAGCAGAACUACCAGACAAACCAACUGUUCCCGUUCUUGUAUCCGCCACUCGAUGAGUCUAGUAACAAGUUGGGCGGAAAGGGCUCGACCGACCUACAGGACCUUCUGGUGGGACGCAAGUGGGAGGGCUCAGAUAUUCCUGCUUCCAUCUUGGAAGCCGCGGAACUGUUCGCUAAACGCAUGAAGGCCACGCGUGCCAUGAAGCAGCUGUGGGAGGAACGUGUCGCAUUUAUGAAGUACGAGCGCGGUUGGACAGGCCCUGACGAGAACCCUGAUAUCGAGGAGCUGUCACUCGAACCGAGUGAGAAAGCUCAGUCAAAAGAACUCACACCCGGCAGCAAUGAGGAGCGCUUGCACUUGGUCGAGGAAUUCUACGUGAGUGGGCCCAAACUCAAUGAGGAUAUACCAGCUGACCGUACACUAGCGCAUCGCACUGCCUAA